CCUAGUCCACAUCUCUCAACCUCUGUCCUAGUACCAUCAUUCCCCAUGUCGUCCGCCUCUGCACCCAACCGGGGCCUGGUGGUCUUCUCCGGAGGCAGUGCCGCGAAUAACCUCGUUGACGUGUUCAAUGCCGUGCGCGGGAGCAAACACUGCUCCCUCAGCUACAUCAUCCCCAUCAGCGACAAUGGGGGUUCCUCAUCCGAGUUAAUCCGCAUCUUUGGCGGCCCUGGUAUAGGAGAUGUGCGCAGCCGCCUCGUCCGACUGAUCCCCGAAUCGCCUCCCAACUCUGAACGAGCAGCCAUCAAAGCUCUCUUCAACCACCGGCUUCCAGCCGACGCCAGUCUCGCUCACGCAGAAUGGCACUCCAUCGUAGAUGGCACCUCCACCCUCUGGGCCGCCAUCACCCCAGCCAAACGGGAACUCAUCCGUUCCUUCUUCAACCUCCUAAACCUGGAGAUCCUGAAGCGUGCCCGACCCCCAACCUCCACCUUCGAGUUCACCUCCGCCAGCGUAGGCAAUCUCUUCCUCACCGGAGCCCGUCUUUUCAGCGGUAGCUUCGAAAGCGCCAUCUACCUCUUAGGCAGCAUCGGCGGCGUGCCCUGGGACCUCGUCCGAGUCAUCCCAGCCAUCAACUCCAACUUCUCGCACCACAUCUCCGCCUCUCUGGCCGACGGAACCAUCAUCGUAGGUCAAAACAGCAUCUCUCAUCCCUGCGAAGCUAUCCCCCUUCGCUCUCCACGCCCUCUCCUCGCAGACGGCACAGAAAACUCUCCCCUCCACCACCCAUUAUCAACACCAACACCACCCUACUUCGAAGACGACGACCACCCCCCAGGCUUCCUCCCCACCCUCCGCCACAAAAACAUCUCCUUCAGCAAAUCAGAUACCCAGGAUCUCCCCUCCCGCAUCUCCCGCAUCUGGUACAUCAACCCUUACGGCCAGGAAAUCCAACCGCCCGCUAACCCCCGCGUCAUUGAAUCCCUCCACGAUGCCCAAGCUAUCAUAUAUAGCAUCGGCUCUUUGUACACCUCCAUCAUUCCCUCUAUUAUCCUCCGUGGCGUUGGCCAAGCCAUCGCUACCGGCCCAGCGAGGCAUAAGAUCCUCAUUCUGAAUGGGUCUCUGGAUCGCGAGACGGGGCCGUCUCAUGAGCCGUUCACGGCUUCGGACUUUGUAGAGGCUAUUACCCGAGCUGGAGAGGAGAGUCGGGGUAGGGGUCCGUUGAAUAUGGAUCCUUCUGCUAGUGCUGGUGCUGGUGCCGUGGAAGAUGGAGACAGGGGGAAGGAGGAGGAGCGACUCCCGUAUUCGGCGUAUGUGACGCAUGUUCUGCAUUUGGAUGGUCCGGGUACUCCCCGUGUCGAUAAGGAUCGGCUUGCGGAGAUGGGGAUCGAGACGUUGCGGCUUUAUGGGAGGAAGAUUGUUGGCGCUAAUGGGGAGGAUGUAGGCCUUGGGAUGCGGUAUGAUUCGACGGCGUUGGUGCAGGCGCUCGAGGUGGUGCUGGGGAAGAAAGGGGAUGCUAUGUUGAGGGGGAAGGAUAGGAGUGGGAUGAGUCGGAGGAAUACGCUGGAUCCGGGGAGGAGAGACUGAAAGGGAGAAUGGAAUAGUGUAGAGAUAUUAUUUUGGGUUUGAGAGAACAAAGCUACAAGCGAU